AUGCAAAUUGGACUCAGCGCUGGGUGCGAAGUCUAUCAUGCGAACGACACAUCCUUUUGGGAUCUGGAGAGAAGGCUGAUUGUAGUUAGCGACAUCAAGCAAUGCGAGAUCGUGGAGACUAACUCUGUUCAAUCUUGCAAAUUCCAGGUCGACAUCCCCUUGGAGCAUCUCGGGUCAGCCUUGCAUUCUAUUGAUGCAGCUAAUAUAAUCUACUCCACUCGAGAAACCCCCGUCAAUCUCAAUGAAGACGUUGAUGUCGUGAAAGCCAGGCAGGAGGAGCCUCCCUUCCACUACCGAAAUGGAUCCAUUGCCCGUAUGAUUGACUUUGGCCCUGGCGUGGAGUCACCAUUUCAUCGGGCCCUGACUAUUGACUAUGGGAUCGUCAUCGAGGGAGUCUUUGAACUGACUCUCGACUCUGGGGAGAGGCGUAUCAUGCGUCAAGGAGGUGUGUGCGUCCAAAGGGCUACUGCACAUAAGUGGAAGAACAUCGCGGGGAAUGAGACCAUGCCAGGACGCAUGAUGUGGAUUUUGCUCGACACUGAAGAGCUUACUGUAAGUGGGAACAAGGUGGAGGGGUUUCUUGGUGAUUUGGAGAAGGAGUAUCAGGGUCGGGGCCACUAUUGA